CGAAAAAAAGAAAAAAAAAAACAUAUCAUCUUCCUCUGGGAUUCUCGGUCGAGAAAUUCAUCACUGCUAUCUCUCCUUGUCCCUCCCCACCUCUCUGGUGUCGUCUUCCUCCUCCCCCCCAUCGCUAUCUCUGUGGGAGCACAAUCGAUUGCAGACAUUUUAGGGUAUCUUCUCUCAUCAACUCCAUCUAAUCAGUUUCUUGAAUGCCGAAUCUUUUGGAAUCUCAGAUUCCAUACCCAAACAUUUCUAUCCAAUAUGGAUCGACCAAUUCAUACCCAUAAUCCGGUCUGAACCCUAGAAGAAGAAUUCCGGAAAACCCAGUCGAAGAUCUUCUCAGUCUGCAGCAUAUCUGGGAAUGGCUACUCCAGUUGAUCCUCCCAAUGGAGUUUUUGCUCCUGGGAAACAUUACUACUCUAUGUGGCAAACGUUGUUUGAGAUCGAUACAAAGUAUGUGCCAAUCAAGCCUAUAGGCCGAGGAGCAUACGGAAUUGUCUGCUCCUCCAUAAACAGGGUAACGAACGAAAGGGUCGCAAUCAAGAAGAUAAACAAUGCCUUUGAGAACCGCGUCGAUGCUCUCAGAACCUUGCGCGAGCUGAAACUCCUUCGCCAUCUCAAGCAUGUCAAUGUGAUUGGCUUGAAAGAUGUCAUGUUGCCCAUUCAUAAGAGGAGUUUCAAGGAUGUUUAUCUGGUUUAUGAGCUCAUGGACACAGACUUGCACCAGAUUAUCAAGUCCUCCCAGUCACUCACAGGAGACCACUGCCAAUACUUCUUGUUCCAGUUGCUUCGAGGCCUCAAGUAUCUUCACUCUGCAAAUAUUCUUCACCGCGACUUGAAGCCUGGGAACCUGCUGAUCAAUGCGAAUUGUGACUUAAAAAUCUGUGAUUUUGGACUGGCGCGCACAAGCAGUGGCAAGGACCAGUUCAUGACAGAGUAUGUUGUGACGCGUUGGUAUCGUGCACCAGAACUUCUCCUAUGCUGCGACAAUUAUGGGACAUCAAUCGAUGUCUGGUCUGUUGGGUGCAUCUUUGCUGAGUUGCUGGGAAGGAAACCAAUCUUCCCCGGCACAGAGUGUCUAAACCAACUAAAACUGAUCAUCAACAUUCUUGGGAGCCAGAGUGAAGAGGACAUUGAGUUCAUCGACAACCUCAAGGCAAAGAAGUACAUCAAAUCCCUUCCUUACUCUCCAAAAAUACCACUUUCACGACUUUACCCCAACGCGCAUCCUCUGGCAAUUGACCUGCUACAGAAGAUGCUCGUGUUCGAUCCCUCAAAGAGAAUAAGUGUCACCGAGGCACUUCAACACCCUUACAUGUCGUCAUUGUAUGAUCCAAACUGUGACCUGCCAGCUGAGGUCCCCAUAAAUCUGGACAUAGACGAGGAUUUGGCAGAGGAGACGAUAAGGGAGAUGAUGUGGAUGGAGAUACUACAUUACCAUCCAGAAGAAAUUUCUGCAGGGGAAUCAGCAGUAGAUGACCAUUAUGGAUCACAGUUACUUUCUUAAUCAAAGUGAGUGUAUUAUUGUUGUUGAUGUCUUUUUCCAAAUCUCAAUAAGCUGUUUGCAGUUGGAGCUGUAAUAUAUUAUAUAUAUAGAUUUGCAUGCAUGUAACUUAUAGUUUUCUUUUUGUACAUAAAGUGUGAGUUUCUUGAUCUAUCUUAAUAAGAACAUAUACAUAUGUAAUGUAUGUUGAGUUAGUUUGUUUUGAGUCCUUGUAUCUGAUUCUUGAACUUCCCUUUGCCAUGAAUGAAUUUAACGAGUUUUU